AUGCCACAACAACAAACAAAUUUAUUUUCAAAUAAUGAUUCUCAACGUAUCAUGGAAGAACAACAACAACAAAUGACAGCAGCUAUGCUUAUGCAUCAACAACAACAAAAUUGGGCUAGACAACAACAACAACAACAGCAACAGAUGUUUCCUAUGCAACAACAACCACAACAAUUUGAACAGAAUGUUCUUCGCCUUCUAUCGAUGCUUUCUUUUCAACAACAAAAUAAUAUGAUGAAUAAUCAUAAUCAAUAUUUAUCAUCUAUGAAUACAAUGAUGCCAUCCAUGACAACUCAAUCAUCUCAACAACAGCAACAACAACCACAGCAAGAAAAUCAAUAUGAUCGCCCUUCAAUUAAUAGUCAGCAAUGUUUAGCUGAUAAAAUUCAAGCUGUACGUCAUCUUGGGGAAUCAGAAAAUCAACAUUCAAAUUCUUCACAACAUAAAUCUCGUGGUCGAGAUCUUGGUAUUUUAUUUAGUGGUAUCACUGGUAAAUAUAAUUCCAUAGCUGAUGUCGAAGGUGUUGAAGUUGGUUUUAGUACCAUAAUUGAAGGUGAUUCAAUUCGAACAGGUGUAACAGCAAUAUUUCCACGCGGACUUAAAAAUGUUUUCCGUCGAAUGCCUUGUUUUGCAAAUUGGUUUAGUUUAAACGGAGAUGGUGAAAUGACUGGUAUGCAUUAUUUAACAGAGUCUGGUUUUCUUACAGCACCAAUUUUAAUUACAAAUACAAAUAGUGUUGGUAUUUGUCGAGAUUCUCUAAUAAAAUGGGCUUUACAAAAGAAUAAUUCAAAUACAAUGGUCAAUAUGCUUGAUUUUAGUUUACCUAUUGUAGCUGAAACAUAUGAUGGAUAUUUAAAUGAUAUUAAUGGAUUUCAUGUAAAAGAAGAACAUGUAUUUGAAGCAUUGGAUAAUGCUAAAGGAUCUGACUCAUUGAUUCAAGAAGGAAAUGUAGGAGGUGGAACAGGUAUGAUUUCGUUUGGUUUUAAAGCUGGAACAGGAACAAGUUCAAGAAAAAUUGACGGUUUAAAUUAUACGAUUGGAGUGUUAGUGCAAUCCAAUUUUGGACGCAAGAAACAAUUAAUUAUUACUGGUGUUCCUGUUGGUGAAGAACUAUUGAAAAUCGAAAAAAACAAUACAAGUAUUCCAGAUGAAGAUGCUGGAUCGAUUAUUGUUAUUGUGGCUACGAAUACGCCACUUUUACCACAUCAAUUAAAACGUUUAGCAACUAGAGUGUCACUUGGAAUAGGAAAAGUAGGUGGUAUAGGUGCUGAUUUAUCUGGUGAUAUUUUCUUAGCAUUUUCAACAGCUAAUGUUUCCAAUCCAAGCUCGACAACGGGAACUAUAGAAUUUCUGCUCAAUAAUCAAAUGACUCUUUUAUUUGAAGCAACGAUUCAAUGUGUUGAAGAAGCUAUUGUAAAUGCUAUGAUAGCAGCGGAAAACAUGAGUGGACAUAAUGGAAUUAUAUUGGAAGCUAUUUCACAUAAGCUUUUGAUUGAAAUAUUAAGAAAAUAUAAGAGAAUAGAUGAGAGACAGUAG